AUGAAGUUGAUAAAGAAUACUUACUCCCAGGAAAUGUUAGAAGAUAUGCAGAAACGUUUAUUCGAGCAGGUCGCAUUUCUCGUGGGUUGCCUCUGCGUUGCCGCCGCACAGCGGGGUUUCGAAGAGAACUACGGCCCUCCGAUCCCGUACGCCUUCAACUACCUCUCCCAACUCCAGGACGGGAGUCAUUCCCACGAGCAGAGUGGAGACGGUAGCGGCCGUGUGCAGGGCAAGUACACGCUGACCGACGCCGACGGUCGCUCAAGGACCGUCACGUAUUACGCCGACGCAAGUGGCUUCCACGCCGAAGUGAUCACCAACGAGCUGGGAACAGAGUCUAAGAAUCCCGCCGACGUCGUCAUCCGGUCAAGCGCUCCUACUGGACCCGAGGCCGCCAUCGCCAACGAGCCCAACCGAUUCCGCGGCUGACCAGCGCCCGUAGGCUUAAGGGGCUAGAUGAACCGCUAGACCCUGCGACGCUUCGCCGCUUCAAAUCACUACGCCUGUGUGCGGUCCUAUACACGCGCAUAUACGAGCGCUUCGGCUCGAAGCUGUACGGCAUCGUCUGCAGCGCCUUGGACGAUGGUGCUCUGUAAAGUUGCCUUUCUCCUCCCUACACCAUCCCUUCUCCUUCUACAUCUUCCCUUCCUGGUUAUGUGUUCCCACCUUUUACUCUUCGUCUGCUGUGA